AUGCAGGACUACGUUAUUGAAUCUUGCACAAAUGGACUCACAAUUGUGGGUGGAGCCGGAGGACCUUCGAGUAUAGGCCAAGGUGUUGGAUCUCUCAUCUUGACUGAUGCCAUCAUCGCCAAUACCCCGAAUGGAAUCAUAACCUCACUUCAUGCGGAAAAUUCGACUUCUCUGUUGUUGCAAAAUGUCGGAUUCUUCAACGUCAAGACCGCAAUCAUUGAUUCCGUUCAGAAUAAAAUUCUUCUUGCUGGUAGUAAUGAGGUCCGCAAAGCUUCAUGGGGUUUCGGAAUGGUCAGCGAUGUAUCUGGAGUUAGAUCCUUUGCUAAUGGUGAGGAUAUCCCUGCUAUUUUGCGACCGACUCAGCUACUAGGGACACAAGCCUAUAUUGACUCUAACCUCUUCACUCGUCGUCGACCUCAAUACAAGACUCUCGCAGCCGACCAAAUCGUCAAUGUUAAGAACCUUGGAGCCAAGGGCGACGGGACUACGGAUGAUACUGCGAUUCUUAAUUACACUUUAUCUUAUGCUGCGAAUCUUUCGUCUAUUAUAUACAUUCCACACGAUGCAGAGGAUCCCCGAGUUACCGUUAGGGUCAGUGCUUCCGGUAACGUUGGUAUAGUGGAAAUUCAAGAUCUACUUUUCACAGUCUCUAGCCCUACGGCAGGUGCGAUUCUUGUAGAGUGGAAUGUUGAGCAAUCAGUGAAGGGAUCGGCUGCUAUGUGGGAUUCUCACAUCCGCAUUAGCGGUGCUAUAGGGUCGAACCUCCAGAACAAACAGUGUCCAAAGAACACAGGAAGUAUCAAUGAAGAUUGUAUUGCUGCAUCUCUUUUACUUCAUCUGACUUUAUCUUCCACAGCCUACCUGGAGAACAUCUGGGUCUGGGUAGCUGACCAUAACCUUGACGUCUCUUCCUAA